AAAAGAAGGCGCUACCUUUUCAAGACGCUGGCCACACCCAAGGCAAGAUGGAUGCAGAGAGGAGUUUGUGGCCAUUUUGCAACGAUAGAUCUGCUCUGUGUUGUGUCGGUGCCUUCAGGCUGGUUGCAACGAUGGUUGAGUUCGGCAACUUGAAGACGGAUGCGGGCAUCGCCAAGCUCAACACACAGUGAGGAGGAGGGGCCCUGAUCUGUCUGCUGCAGCACACACAUCCAUUGAUCAAGCGCGUGUGUGGUGGUGUGGUGGUGCAUCUCGUGUGCUUGUCUGGCUUGUCUGUCUGUGUGCAGCUUGGAGAAGUGCUCGUACAUCACCGGCUUCAUCCCGACGCAGAAUGACGUCACGUGUCUCGGCAAGAUGCUGGCGUGCCCCGAUGGCAAGAAGUACCCACACGCGGCGCGAUGGUACCGACACAUUGCCCACUACACCCCCGUGAGGCGCAAGAUGUUCCCCAAGGGCGAGAUGGGCAGCAAGAAACCUGACGAUGAAGACGACAUCGACCUUUUCGGUCAGCGAUAGUGAGGCAGGCAGGCACACCUACCCGCAUCUGUAGCAUGGUGUGAUUCUGUGUGCGAUUGUGUGUGUUCAGGUGAGGAGACUGAGGCCGACAAGGAGGCCGCCAAGAAGCUGGCGGAGAGCAAGAAGGCCGAGGCAGAGAAGUCCAAGAAGAAGAAGGUGGAGAAGUCGCUCCUGCUCAUCGACUGCAAACCCUUCUCGAGCGACACCAACCUCGACAAGCUGGCUGAACUGGUCAAGCAGAUUAAGAUGGAGGGGCUGGAGUGGAAGGAACAGACCAAGAAGGUACGUGCGCCAUCGACCAUCACAUCCAUGUGCAUAUGUGGGCAUAUUGGUGUGUGGUUAUGCGUGUGCAGAUACCCAUGGCGUUCGGGCUCAACAAGCUCCAGGUGCGCCGAAAGCUGCGCACCCCAGAAUGGACAGGAUAGACAGACAGGCUGACCAUUGUGUUUGUGUGUGUGUGUCUGUAUGUGUGUCUGUGUGUGUGUGUGUGCAGGUCGGUUGUGUGAUCCAGGACGACUUGGUGUCGACGGAUCUGCUGUGCGAGCUGAUUGAGAACGUGGGCAUGACUGAGGAGCAGAUCAAGAAGAGAAAGGAGCUCGAGGAGGCCGAACACGAGGAAGGCGCGGAGGUACACACACACACACACCACAGAGAGAGAGAAGGGGAGAGAGACUGUCAUGUCCCAUGCUCUUUUUGCCUGUGUUGCCUGUGUGUGUUAGGACGAGGACGAAGAAGACCUCGGCCUCGUCCAGUCGGUCGAGAUCGCUGCCUUCAACAAGCUCUGAACGGGCAGCGUGCAUGAUUUUCCGGGCGUCCUCGUGCACGCGUCAACGCAAGAUUUGAGAGGUGUUUUUCGUGUCGUGCUGUCGUGGGUUGGGUUGCGUAUGCAUUCAAUUCACGACCCCCCGCUACCCCCUUUAUCGAUGCAUCAGUCUGUGUGGUCGAUCGGUGGUUCGUUGGUGACUUUUGUGCCUGCGACCUACAUGUGUUGCCCCCUCCCCCCAUGUUGCUCCUCGACUCAUUGGUCGCCUGGUCCGACUCCUAGCGCCUUUCUGUCUCGGGGCAGGCAGGGGCUCCGAGCCGGAGACGGCGUGCAGUGAGGCGAAGAGCGACCUGAGUUCAUUCAGCCGUGCCCGUGGCGCCGUGUGGAAGCGAACGAUUUUGAAGUAUGGUGAUGCGUUGCGUGGUCUUGGUCUUGUCGCGUGUGUGUUAUGUGCGUGAACUGGUUCACGCGUUGAAGAGGGGUUCGCGUGCAUGUGUCGAUCUGUCCCUCCAUCCACAUGGCCGUACUCAAAAAAUGCAUGGG